AUGACCAACCUCUCGAUAGCGUUGCCCCCUCUGCCGGUGUUCGCCGCCUUCGCCGCGAGCGACCGCCGCCUGGACCUGGCCUCGCCCACGACGCCCGUGAGCACGCCCAAGCUCUCGCUGGCCUUCAUCCUGGACGAUUGCAAGGCGUUGCAGUCGCCCUGCAGCCCCGCAAUCGUCCACCAACAGCAGCAGCAGUCGUCGUCGUCGCCCACACAACGCAGUCCCAAGCGCAAGCUCUCGGCCACCGAGAAGCGCGCGGCGCGCCAGUGCUGCGUCGAGGGCUGCACCAACUACACCAUCGACCGCGGCCUGUGCUUCCGCCACGGCGGCGGCAAGUCCUGCUCCAAGCCCGGCUGCACGGCCAGCGCCAAGCACCGCGGCCUCUGCUGGAAGCACGGCGGCUCCACGCUGUGCACGGUGGAGGGCUGCACGCGCGGCGCCAAGUCCCGUGGGCUGUGCUGGUCGCACGGCGGCGGCACCAAGUGCUCGGUGGCCGGCUGCCAGAAGACGACGAUCUCCAAGGGGCUGUGCUGGACGCACGGCGGCGGCAAGCGCUGCGCGUUCGAGGGCUGCAAGCGGCCGGCGUCGCAGAGCAAGCAGAACUGCUGCACCAAGCACCAGCCCAAGAGACCCAAAACUUCAACCUCGGCGCAGUGA